CAGAACGUGCAUUGAUAGGGCACAACAUCCAUUAAGCCACAGUGAAACCAGGUUCCCCUCUUCUGCCUUCCCUUCGGCUGAGUCUCCUUGCGAUGGCCGGCUUCUCCUUGGAAGCCCAGAAGCGCUUAGCGGCCGACAUCACCCGCGUCCUCUCCCUCUACAGCUUCAUUACAGAUGCCUACAUCAUUGAGUUUUUCACGGACAAUCUGUGGGGCAGCCUCCCGCUGUCCUGGCAGGCCGCCUUGGCUGACCUGCAGCCCCCACAGCUGGCCGCCCUCCUGCUGGAAAACAGACACGCCAAAGAGGAAGAAGCCAGGUACAGCUCGGUCUGGCCACUCUCCCUGCUGGCCUUCAAAGCCUCUGCCGACACCUUGGCAUUCCCCAGGAGGCUCAGCGGCUGGGCUGGCAAGUCCAAGGAGGCCGGGAGGCCGGAAGAGUUCCGGGACAACCAGUGCCAGAGCUCCAGGCUCCCUUCCCUUUUCCGGAAACACGUCAAGCCCAAGAAGCAGCACGAGAUCCGGCGGCUGGGGCAGAUGGUGAAACGGCUGAGUGACCUCACGGGAUGCCGCCAGGUGGUUGACGUGGGCGCUGGCCAGGGCCACCUGUCUCGCUUCCUGGCCUUCGGCCUGGGCCUCUCCGUCACCGCCAUCGAGGGAGACCCCCGGCUGGUCGCCCAGGCUGCCAAGUUCGACCAGGAGCUGGUGCAGGCGCUGAGGAAAGAGGGGGCCAAGCCACGAGGGCAGGUCCCCAGCGGAAUCGCUCUCGAGGGGCCGAGGCACGUGGUUGGCUGGGUGGACCCUGGAGCACCGUGGACCGAGUUCUGUCAACUGCUGCAGUGCCCAGAAGAGGAGGAGCGUGGCCCUGCGGUGGACAGAGGCAGCCCUGGGACCUUCUGGCCCAGAGAGACGGCAGGACUGGAUUCUGGGGGAGGGGACCUCCCAGGCUCCCGGGAAUGUGGGGCCUGCAGCGCACCCGUCUGCCCCACUCCCAAGGGGCGCCAGCUGCUCCUGACGGGACUCCACGCCUGUGGCGACCUGAGCGUGGCCCUCCUGCGCCACUUUGCCCGCUGCCCUCACGUGGCGGGCAUCACCUCCGUGGCCUGCUGCUACAUGAAGCUCACCACGGCAGAAGCCCCCAUCCCACCGGGCCCUGGGCCCCUGCACUGCCCCGCAGAGCCCGGCUACCCCCUGAGCGCCUGGGUCUCCGCCCUGCCCGGCCACCAGCUCUCCUACAAGGCCCGCGAGGGGGCCUGCCACGCCCUCGAGGACUACGCCCGGAGGCUCAAGGGCCAGAGCGCUGCCCUCAGGACUCACUGCUUCCGCGCAGCAUUGGAGACGGUGAUCCGGGCUGCUGACCCGGCCAAGAAGCGCCUGGGGGUGCAGACCAUCGCCAAGGCCCACCGGCUCACCUUUGGCGAGUACGCCCGCCUGGGCCUGGCGAGGGUGGGGGUGGACCCUGACGCAAGGCUGGAGCCUGGCCCCCUGCAGGCGCUGCUGGCCCAGGAGGGGAAGGUGGUGGCCUUCUUCAGCCUGGCCCUCCUGCUGGCCCCCCUGGUGGAGACCCUGCUGCUUCUCGACCGGAUGAUCUUCCUGCAGGAGGAAGGCUUUCACUGCCAGCUGCUCCCGCUCUUUGACCCCGCCUUCUCCCCCCGCAACCUGGUGCUGGUGGCGGCCAAGACCCCCCUGGGCUCUGCUCUCUUGGACGUGGCAGCGGAAGACUGAGGGAGACCGCUUGGCGACGCCUGGACCCACACACCCUGCCCCACACCCCAGGAGGGGGAAAGCAGGGCGUGGGCACUCUGGACACAAACGGGGGCUCCUGCUCCCAUCAUCCCUGGCCAGGAAUGGGUCAGGGCGGGUGGUAGAGAUCCAGAGGUUUCUCCCCCUUCCCAGAGGCCUGGAGAGAUGAGCAGCCGGACACCUUGCACCCAGCAAGGAAAUGCAAAGGAGGGCAAGACACCCUCAGCCACCACCAAGUCCAGCCGAGGAACGGCCUCUCACAGGAUGGGGCUUUAGGAGCAGCAGAAAGCAGCUGGGAAGGGACGACUUCAGGAAAUUUCAGUUAUUCGAGUGACUUGGCUGCUCAUUUCCAUCAUUUUCUGUGUUUUUUCCAUGCACUGUGGCAUUUUAUGCAUUGUAACUUUGC